CAUGAGCAUUUCUAUCAUGUUCUGUUAAUUUUGUUUUCUCAUCAUUCUGUGAUUACUCAUUUUAUAUUUCCUUUCUCUGCAAUAAUGUGGAUUUCUUCAAUGAGUCUGGAGAAAAUGAUUUUGAUGCUCUUUUAGCAUAAAUGGAGAAGGAAAUGAGUAUGAGAGAUAUCAUCAAGGAACUAGGUUAUGGUUGCACUAUUAAGGCUGCACAUGGCAAAGAGAUUUUAUCUCUUUAUUUACCUCUGACAGAGAUGACUAUAUCUAGGAUACUUGGCGCAAUUACCCGCACCUAUGUUAGUCUUGAGGACUAUCAAACCACAUUUUCAACAUUUCGCGUGGCCCUUGGUUGCAGCAAUUCAUUGGAUUUGCCUACAUUGAGCUCAUGUAACAUUGAUGUUCUUAUAAAAACUAUAAAGCAACUUAUCACGAGGGGUUCUACAUUCCCAAUGAAGCAACAUUAUCUUUUUUCAUGUCUGUAUAUAAACAUUCAUGCCAGGAACCAUUUCCUCUCCAUGCCAUAUGUUGGCCUGUGUGGAAGAAUAUUUAAGGUCAGCUAUCAUUUCAAAAUAUGCUGUCGCUGCACUGCCGGAAGUAUUUACUCACCCCUAACAUCAAUGACUAUUUGUUAAUGAAAUACAAAAAUUUAACCUCACUGAUGGUACAACACUUUCAGCGCUAAAAUACAGUAGUGUGACAGCAGCAGUGGUAGUAGUAACAAAGUAAUUGAUGCUUAGCCUGGCUUCAUGCGUGUAUGGAGAUCAUCUAAGACUAUUGGAACCAUGUUGAUCAUUGAAUCUUGUAAUUGUUUGUUUGUAAUGUGAAGUAUGUGACGGAUGGG